AUGCCGAGCGCAACGGCUUCCGGAGCGGACACGGGUGGUGCAGCUCGAUCUCGCGAUCAUAAGCAGGGUAAUCAAGGACGAACAUUCACACCGGACCAAGAGGCAGCGGUCAUCCGUAUCCGAAAAUGCGAAGCCACUGCGUUCUACGACAUCCUAAAUCUCGCAAGUGUCAAGGAUACAUGUACAGAGUCUGAGAUCAAAAAGGCUUAUCGAAAGCAAUCGCUUCUGACCCAUCCUGACAAGAAUGGCCAUCCUCAUGCGGACGAGGCCUUCAAGAUGGUCAGCAGAGCUUUUGGAAUUCUUGGCGACAAGGAGAAGAGGGAGAAGUUCGAUAAGUUCGGCACAGAUCCUGAUAGUCGAUUCGCUAGCGCCCAGGCGAAUAACCCAUUCUUCAACCAACGAGCUGGUGGUGGUGGUGGUAUGGGCAGAGGUGGCCCAAUGUUCCAAGAUGACAUGACUCCAGAGGAGAUGUUUGCCCGUUUCUUUGGCGGAGGCGGCGGAGGUUUUGGUGGUGGUGGUGGUCCCUUCGGAGCUUUUGACACAGGCCCUCAAUUUGUCUUCAACUUUGGUGGAGGUCCCGGAAUCAGGGUACAUCAGUUCGGCGGAGCAAGGCCAAGGACGAGACCCAGAGAGGCCGAAGGCGGUCGACAGAAUGAAGGCAACGCUUUCCAAACCUUCUUAGGUCUACUACCUAUUAUCCUCUUCUUCAUCCUGCCUAUAAUCACCUCAUUUUUCUCUGGCGAAACCUCCACGUCAUCGGCAGCGAACCCUCGUAUGGUCUACGACAACCCUCUACACCCUUAUACCGAGCAGCGCACGACACCGAACUUGAACGUCAACUACUAUGUGAACCCCGAUGAGAUUGCCCAAUAUACCGACAAAAAGCUCAACAAACUGGAUCGCUCAGCUGAACACCAACUUGUGAGGCAUCUCAAGAGCGAAUGUGAGAAUGAGUUGAGGUACCGACGGAGAUUGGAGGAGGCUGCUCAGGGAUGGUUCUACCAGGACCCUGACAAGAUGGCUCUUGCGCAGACAUACACGAUGCCGUCUUGCGAACGGUUGUCUCAUCUGGGAGUAAAAGUUUGA